AUGGAUUCUUCCACCUUACGCCUCAAGACCCGGGCGCCUGUGGAGGACCAGAUUGAGAACUGGGAUGAUGACGACUUUGUGAUUGACAACGACGACCUUGCGUUUCCUUCCGUCUCCAACUCGGCCAACAUCUCUUCCAGUCGUCGCGACUCACAGUCCUCAUUUCGGUCCGACUUUGAAUCCAUUCACGGCGAGGAAGAGAAGCAGGUUCAUUUGCCAGGAAACGAUGAAAAAUCGACUCUCGAUGCGAUAGCAGCUGCUGCAAAGGCCGGCAUUCCGCUUCCCAAAAAUGUACCGCCCUCCGCCCUUAUGGGCGGCACGAUAAAGCGGCUUGGAGGCAAAAAGAUCAAAAGGAUCAUUCAGGAGGAUUGGGUUGACGACCUCGAGUUUCCCGAUGGGCAAGCUCUCCAGAUUAAGGCUCGGGAUGCUGCUCAGUUUCCCGAAGUUCUACGCCAAGUCAGUAAUUCGACGCAACCAAGUCCGUCAAAGGCGUCGAAGGAGUUCUCGACAAUGAUCCAGGAGGAGGGCAAGGAAGCGAAAUCGGCGACUUCGAGUUUCGUCGACUUAGAGCGGUUCCGAGACGUGGAUGACGAUGACGACUUCUUUGGCGACGGCGGUGACACCAUUAAGGUGUCUAAGAGACGUGAGGCGCCGAAGCCUCUCUCCCUCAUCACGCCACCGACUCCCCAGAAACAGGUCGGCGGAGGAGAUGACGAUUUUGAGAAGGACCUUGAGCUUCCGGAGGAUGGUAGGCUGAAGCUUUCAGCCCGGAGAGACAUUCCCAAGACGCCAACGCUCAACACUAUCUUGGAUGAUCUUGAUUGGGCCGAAGGCAGUCUUGGAACGAGAUAUGGCGGCACUCGGCGUGAUGCUCAGUCCACUCGCAGUUCUUCUGUCUCUGCCUUCAGCCCGAGCAUUGCAAGCUCAAUAACUGCGGAGAGCGAAGACGAGACAUUUGACGGGCUGAUCAUCCCAAAUGGCCCUCUUGAUUUUGGAGAGCGUCUGAAGCGGCGCCGUCAAAGCCGCUCUCCUGUGCGUCGCAUUAUUGAUGAGCCCAUCCAGGAAGAACCUGCAAAAGAAGCACCGGCACAUCAGAAACUCGCGAAGGAGGCGAGGGAGGAAGAAAAGGAUGAUCUCCUGGCCGGGCUGGAGAUUGGUGAUGGAGAAGUCUUCGAUUCGAGAAAGUUGACCCUGCACCGCAACAUUCAGGUCAAGACAGCCAGGCCUGCGAGCCCCUCGCGGCCCAAAGCUUCGGUCGCCCUCAAAUUCACAAAUAAGCCGGUCACAGCAUCCCGCCUUCCGCGACCAAUGGGUGGCCAUGAGCGGUCACAUACACAAUCAUCGCUAGAACCUGUCUCUGAAAGCGGCGGUCCUAUUCCUCGAACCCAAUCACGGCGUUCUUUGGGUCGCGUAGGACAUUCGGCGCACUCUUCCGUGACUAGCCUCGGUAGCGUGACAAGUCCUCCACCACCUUCCUUAACGCAGACCAUGGCACCUUCAACGCCGCGAAGGAGGGACCUUGGGCAAAAGGCAUCCGCCAUGACCCUGCGGAACGAACCGACGACCACAGGUGCGCAACUUCUCCGGUUCAAGCGGUCAAUGCCUUCGCUGCGUGCUCAACAGUCCCCUGGGCGCCCACCGCCCACCCGUGGUUACGAGCGGCCCCCUUCCCGAACUGAGCAAUCCACUCGCCCUCAAGCAACAGCUCGGCCGAAGACCCCAGUAGAGCGGAUGCGUUCUUCCGAAAGCGCUGCAGUGUUAGCCCGCAAGGCCCCAGUCCCGUUUCUGCCAGCCGGAGCAUCAGUGUCUCAGUCACAUAACAUCAACGCUAAGAGCUCCCGAACCUUCCGCCGUCACGACUCAGAAAGUAGCGUUGAGUAUCGGCCCAACUCCCGAGCGGUGUCUCGGUCGACGAUUCGCUCGCCUAGUCCGCGCUGGAAUCGCCCGACGGAGAAAGUCACCCCUGACGGUGCUUGGGGCAAGCUCAGCAUGCCCAGACGUGUGCGAAACUUUGGCGAUGGCCAUGAACUGGAUGCCUUCGAUGACUUGCCAACGUCGAGUCAUGCAGAAGCGAAAUACCUGAAGCAGCCGGCCAGCGCCAAGGCGCAAACGCGGACUCGCUGUUACCAGAGCAUCUUGCCCGACCGCACUGUUACACCCUCCCCUGGUACGCCCUAUUCUUCCCGGGUCGAUAAUGUGCCCAGUUUUGCUCGCGAUACUGCCGCAAGCCGGAUCGCCCGGGAAACGAUUCUGGCACAGCGCAACCCGUCGGGGGUUCUUGCUCCACUCACGACUCAGCGAGUUGCUCAGCUCUCGGCAAGGGGCGCUUUCAAUCCACCAGCUCAGCCUUCUGGGUCAACGGCCAGGGCGAAGAAGUUGCGCAGGUCCCCACAGUCCAAGCCUCACCUGAUAUCAAAUCUGAAUCCCCCAAGAGACCCAAAGAUGGUCAAGGGCAUGUGGUAUAACCCGGAGACAUUCCGGUGGGAGGGCAACGACAACGUGCUCAGUGCAUUCGAGGUCCCAGCUUCCACUCCGUCUACUGCGUCUGUGCCCCCGCAUCUCAUACGUGAGCAGACCGCGACACCACGUCCUGCUCUUAUCACCAACAUCGGCGCGACCAAGGGUGUCCAAGUGGUUGGCGGCAUGGUGUUCGAUCCUCAAAACAUGUGUUGGCUCAAGUUGGCGCCGCAGGGCCGAUCGGAGGAGAGCGACCCCCUGGACGGCUUCAAUGCCAUUGAUGAGGAGGAGGACGUCUUCAAAGAUAUCCCCGACCUCGAGGAGCGCACCGUAGCAUCCAGCGACGGUGGCAAUGUCCGGGUCAGCGACGCCAACCACGAGUGGCCGGUGGGCGAAGAGUUCGAUGUCGGCCCUGCCUUUGUCCGCCGAACGCGGGAGGAAGAGGACCGGUGGAGAAAGAAGUGCCAAGUCUGGGUCGUGAACCAGGUCGACCGUGGAGAUGCCUGGAAGUGGGCCAUACGCGACAUCGUCAACCAGAGUCUGGCUGACUGA